GAACGGGCGAAGAACGCGGCUUCGGUGGAGAGCACGGAGGACUUGGUGAAGUCAUGCCAGAAGGAGAUACUUGCAAUGAAGGUUUUCCAAUCUGACAUGGAUGACGCGGUCGCCAACAACAUGGCCUUCUUGGGCGGUGCCAUUCAGAUCGCGCAGUGGAUCUCAGAGCCUCAACUGCGAGAUGCGAUCGCCCAUGAGCUCGGCACGCCCAGAGGAUCUAUCCACAAGGCGCACCGCGUGAAGGCUCCGACGGGCAUCCCGCUGAACGCGAAGAUCUUGAGGCCACAUCUGAGCGACCCCAUCAGCGUCGCGUCCUCGCCAGGCGGCGCCGCCGCCCCCAGGGGGGACCUUUCCGCCGAGACGGGCGGCAAGAAGAAGAAUAACGAGAAGUUCGAGAUUUUCAUUGUCGACUACGACCGCAUGCCCCUGAUAGGACAGAGCGGCGCGACGACCGCGGAGUGCAAGUUGGCGCCAGGGCCCGACGGCGCGCGCACGGCCAAAGUGCACGGAGACGACAAGGAGACGGAGGUGCCGAAUGCCAUGUACGAGACGUGGUCCGAGAGGAAGACGAAGG